ACUAUCGAUAGUGCCCUCGAUGGUUUGACACCUCUACGUUUUAUUAAUUUGUUUUGCAGUAAAAACAUAAAUAUUGCACAAAAAUGGGUGGUGGUGAUCUGAACUUGAAGAAAUCAUGGCAUCCACACACGAUGAAAAACCAGGAGAGGGUUUGGAAAGCAGAGGAACAGGCUAAGAUGGAAGAGAGGAAAUUGCAAGAUCUACGGAAGGAAAUCCACGAAGAGCGGGACCGGGAAGAGCUGAGGCGCCUUGGCGAGAGCUCUGGUGUGCUGGCCGGCAGUGGAGGAGCCCCCGGCGAGGCAAAGCUGGAAUGGAUGUACAAAAACAGCACGGAGCUGAUCAACCGCGAAGAGUACCUGCUGGGCCGUAAGAUUGACAAAUCAUUUGAAACGCUGCAAGCCGAGGAGCGUCGACAGGAGCACGACAAUGUGGGCGUCAAACAUUCCAUCAAUCAUGUCGAGCACGAGUGUGUGCCCUUUUCCAUACGAUCGUACCGCAACCUGCAGUCCACGGAGCAGGUCGACAUGCAGCGCAAGACCAUGGAGGACCCUCUGAUGCUCAUCAAGCAGCGCGAAAUGGAAUCGCGACGAAAGCUUCUAGAGAAUCCAGUCAAACUGAAGGAAAUUCAUCGUAUUCUCAAGACAGAGCAGGAUCUGAAAGCCGCUAAAGAAAAAAAAACAAAAAAGAGUAAAAAGUCAAAAAAAAAGAAAAAUAGCAAGAAGUCCAGCGAUGAAUCGAGCAGCAGCGAAAGCGACGAGGACUUGGACCGAAAGCUGGCACGGCAAGUCAGCAAGCUGAAGGGUGACGCGGGGAAUGAGGACUUGAAACUGGACAAGCUAUUGGACGCAAAGUAUCGGACGAUAUCCAAGCAGCUGGACAUUGCGACAAAGAGGAAGAAGAGCAAAAAGUCGAGACGCAAAAGCAGCGACAGUAGCAACGAAAACAGCACCGAUGAGCGGGCCCGCAGAAGGUAUUCUGAGCACAGGAGAAGGGAUGACCGGAAUGGGAGCUUAAGGCUCAGGGAAAAGCGGAGAAGCAACAGUCCAGAGGAACCGAGAGCACAUCGUGGUGGCAGCAGCAGCCGCAGCCGCAGCCCACGACGAGAGCAGCAGACACAACGUCGAAGAAGCCCAGAAAGAGGGCACCCACGCCCACGUAGGGAGCGAGAUCAAAGAGACCGAAACAAGAAACACACUGAUCGCAGCAGGGAUCACCCAGGUCGAACAGAUGACAGCAGAGACCGAAGUUCAAUCCGUCGCCGCCGCAGCCCCAGCCCCAGCCCGGCACCAAAACGACCUUCACCCCCUAAGCGCAACGCCGGAAAACCCAAGCUCAGCGAAGCCGAUCGUGAGGCUCGUCUGCGAGAGAUGAUGGACAAUGCCACAUGGCGAGAGGCCGACCGCACCCAAGCCGUGCGAAAGCACCGCGAGGCGUAUGCCAGGGAAGAAGCGCAGAACAGGGAGCGCGACUUUGAUAAGGAGUUCAUCAACAAGGAGGUGAAGAAGGCCAUUUCCAAUCACAACUCGAUUGGGGAUCGCAUACGGGCCAAUCUCAACAAUAUACAGCGCACCUCCUCCGCCAUGGAUACAAACUUUGCACGAAAGUAGAAACCAAAGUAGAAGUAAGCUAAAUAAUAUUCCUUUAUUUCAUAUGCAUUUCAUGUUGAAACAAAAUUAUGCAACUUUCUGUUUGUGAGUCUUACAAGAUAAACGACGCGAUCAACAUUCA